AUGCAGACAUCUAAUAUCUGUCCAAAAUGACAUUUGGCGUAAUACUUAUAACCUGGAUAUUGAAAAUUUAUUUGAAAAAUUUGAUUUAGAUUUUAAGAAUUAAGAUGAUUGUAAAUCAAAUCGGAAAAAUUUUCCACCCAUGUCUUUUAAAUAUUAGGUCGUACCAAACGCUAGGCCGCUUAAAGUGGAAGACAGACAGAGGGCUAGACCAAAAGUGGAGAAAGGAAAGAGGUCUGCCAUUAAAUCCAAAUGUUCAUGGUGUGUUGACAGAUAGCCCCGAUUACACAUUCCUAGAUGGGAGGUUGACACCCUACGGAGUCGGCCAGAAAAUGCGAAUUUUGAAGCAAAAAGAAGUUUUAUCACAGGUUAUAGACCUGACAGAGGAAGUAGACUUUGCAGUAGAGAGACACAAUCGCUUGCUGAUUGAAGAAGAAAAUAAGAAGAAGGCUAUACUAGAUAAGAAGUUGAAACCAAAAGGAUUAGCCUUGUUAAAGAAGAAAAAAUAGUAUUAGUGUAUAGUUUAUAGGAAUUAAUAAAAAUGAUUUCAAAUACAACUUUAUUUUUGCUUAAAAUUAACAUACUGUGGGAAUUGCACUAGGUGUUCAAUGUAUUUAGCCAAAGCUAGUAGCAUAGGUUCGCUAAGAUUUCUCCCCAUUAUUUGCAAACUCAGUGGCAGACCAUUUUUUGAUAAUUUUAUAGGAACUGAUACUGCUGGAAUACCUAGAAAAGCAAUAAAUUAUAUAUUUAGUGAAUGCUCCUUAUCUGUUUCAAUGUUACACGUUUGAAUUAGCUAGAGUUACAUGUUGCAAUUAGCUAAAUGAUAAUUAUAGCUGAUUGCAACUUUUAACAAUUAUAGCUAAAUCCAACUUUUAACUGCCAAUUUCACAAAUAUAUUUUUAUAUGAUGUCCUUUCCAUGCCUUCAUACCA